UGGAGUUUGAGAUGGAUUACAUGUCAUGCGACGAUCGGCGUCAUCACGGGUUUCCCCUCACUUCAUCGGUGGAUUUCCGCUCCAUGACGGAUGACUUGUAGUUAUAAUCUUCCCAUCUACAUUACGAUAGAAUGAUAACCAGACCAACAUUCGACAGUCUCCCGUUGAAUCCAGGAGACCCCAAAGGGUCAGCAUGGGGUCUUUGGGGUGAGGACGAUGAGCUGGGGACGCUGAAUCUGAUAACCGACGAUGUUGUUCGCAAUGCUGCUUCUGAGGUGACGUUAGGAAGAGUGAUUAACUUGAACCUCCCGCUCAAUGUCCCGUUAAAACCGAUGAAUCCGCGCAGAAAGCCCUGCAGACAUACUCUAAUUGCCAAGGGACAUGCAAAUGAUGACGAGCUUGACUUUAAUACGCAAGGCUCGAGUCACUGGGAUGGACUACGGCACUACCCAUACAGUGAAACGAAACAGUUCUACAAUGGAGUCAGCCAGGAGGACAUCGCCACAACGCAUAAGAUUGGGAUUCAAAAUAUAGCAACAAACCCAAUCGUCACUCGUGGCGUUCUCCUCGAUUGGUACUCUUACGCCUUAAAACACAACCUGCCUUUUACCCCAUUCACAAACCAACACAUCCCACUCCACGAACUCCUGGAAAUCGCCAACAAACAAAACAUCACCUUCCGAAAAGGCGACAUCCUCCUCAUACGCACAGGCUGGACAACAGCCUAUUCCCAACUCACCGAAGCAGAAAAGCACCACCUUGGCGGCCGCGACGAUCGAGCCUCGUGCGGGGUCGAAGCCACCGAGGAAGCCAUCCGCUGGCACUGGGAGCAGGGAUUCAGUGCCGUGGCGAGCGAUACUGUCGCGUACGAAGCCUGGCCAUCAUCAAAGCCGUGGGGAGUGUCUAUGCACGAGGUGUUUCUGAGUGGGUGGGGGAUGCCAAUUGGCGAGUGUUGGGAUUUGGAGGAGCUGGCGGAGGCAUGCAAGGCGCGUGGUCGGUGGACGUUUAUGCUUACGAGUCAGCCGUUGAAUCUGCCUGGGGGUGUGGCAAGUCCGCCGAAUGCGAUGGCUAUUUGCUAGAUUUGAGUAGGGAUUUAAACAAUGUUAAUUUGAUCUAAGUACUUGGCUUUUUAUUUUCAAGGCGUGAUGUGUAUCUGUGUUGAGGGGGAUCCGCUCAUUCCAACCCCGCUUCCUUCAAGUGGGGUAUUUAUGUAUGCAAGGGUGAUCAGAGUCAGUAC